AACCGUCUAAAAAGUUACAGAGAGAGGAUUUGCAUAGAGAGCUCUGGUUUCCAUCCAGCUUUUCAACAGCGUGUUCCGCAUAAUGCACAUAAAUAAGCUUUUCUAAGCAGGUCUCGGAGUUACUGCCAAUAAUAAGAGACAGCAGCAAUGGCGCCCUGGACGAAGUCCUCAGGGCAUGGAGCAGAAGCAUCCUGUUUCUAAUAACCGAAAGUGAAAGUAAGGCCUGGGACUGAGCGCUGCUCGUCGCUGAAGCCAGGUGCUGAGUUCUGUAGUCCUGCCUCACUUUUUCAGAAUAUAGAGUCAUGGAUGCUGAUAAAGACAACAUAAAGCAAGCUUGUGAUGAGCGCUCAGCAGAGAUGGACGAUAUGAGAGGCGAACAGAGCAUGGGAUUGGUUCAUGAAAUUAUGAGUGAAAACAAAGAACUAGACGAGGAGAUCAAAAAACUUGAAGCUGAAUUGCAGUCGGAUGCCAGAGAAUUCCAAAUUAAAGAGAAUGUACCAGAAAAAAAGCUUAAAUUGACCUCAGUGGAGAGUCCUAAGGAUGGCUGCCAUUUCUCAAAUAGCUCCUGUUCCUUUCAAGUGAGCUCACAAAUUCUCUAUGAGCUGCAGGAAGGCCAAGCGCUCAUCACCUUUGAGAAGGAAGAAGUCGCACAAAAUGUGAUAUCGAUGGGGAAUCAUGUCGUGCAGAUGGAAGGCACCCCAGUGAAGGUCUCUGCACACCCAGUCCCACUAAACACAGGCGUCAGAUUCCAGGUUCAUGUGGACAUUUCUAAAAUGAAGAUCAAUGUUACGGGAAUUCCCGAUGAGCUGUCUGAGGAGCAGACAAGGGACAAACUGGAGCUGAGCUUCUGUAAGUCCAGGAAUGGCGGCGGCGAAGUGGAAAGCGUGGAUUAUGACAGGAAGUCCAGAAGCGCUGUCAUCACUUUUGUGGAAACUGGCGUUGUUGACAAGAUUUUGAAAAAGAAAACCUAUCCUCUCUACAUGAAUCAGAAGUGCCAUAGCGUUGCUGUUUCUCCAUGUAUAGAACGAUGCUUAGAAAAGUACCAGGUGUUUUCAGCUGUGUCCAAAAAGACAGUGCUUCUGACCGGAUUAGAAGGCAUUCCUGUAGAUGAGGAGACUGGGGAGGACUUACUCAACAUCCACUUCCAACGGAAGAAUAACGGAGGGGGAGAAGUGGAGGUGGUCAAGUGUUCUCUAGACCAGUCCUUCGCAGCGUAUUUUAAAGAAGAGGCCAGAGAAACCAUAUGAAACUUAUAGCCUUGAACUAAAAUCACUGCCAACAUUUACAAAAUAUUGUUUUCCAUAAAACAAAAAAUUAA